AUGAUUCUAUUACAACUCCUUCUCUUUCCGAGCUUGCUUUCCCAUUCCCUCGCGGCCGUCCUCCCGCGACACAGUCAACGCAUCCUCAACCCAACGGCCGACGACCUUACCAAGAUCUUUACUUUCUCCAACGAUUUCCCCGCGCCGAACAGUGGCAACCUACAGGUGCACGACCCCAACAUCAUCGAGGAACAAGACACGCUCUACCUAUUCAGAGGAGGCCUCCACAUCCCCUACUGGAAGGCUUCUAGCAUCUCGGGACCAUGGACAAAAGUGGGUACUGUACUGAGUAAAGCCAGCGUGAUUAACAAAAAGAACAACAAUCAUCCCUGGGCUCCCACCGUCACCAAAUACAAAGGGAGAUUCUACUGCUUCUACGCCAUCAGCCAGACCGGUAGCCAGGAUAGCGCCAUUGGAUAUGCCUCCACGUCGGACCUCGAAAAGGAGUGGACAGACCACGGCGCGUUGAUCAACACCGGUUCCGGCGAACGUUCCCAGAUCGCACCGUACAAGAACACCAACGCCAUUGAUCCUGCGUUCCAGGUUGACCAGAAGACCGGACAACCGUAUCUCAUCUACGGGAGCUACUGGGAUGAUAUCUACAGCCUGCCGCUGCAGGUGAACCAGGACGGCACGUUGGCGAUCAAGAACGAGAACAAACCCGAUGCAACGCACCUGAGCUACCAGCCUGGGAACUGGCGCCCGCAGGAGGGAGCGUACAUGUCGUACCACGAGCCGUAUUACUAUCUCUGGUUCAGCCAGGGGAUCUGUUGCCAGAUGGUUCAGAAAGGGUUUCCGCUCAAAGGGGAGGAAUAUCGGAUUCGCGUCGGUCGGUCGAAGAGCAUUACCGGUCCGUUUGUGGAUAGGUCCGGCAAGAAGCUUCUCGAGGGACAUGGAGAGACGGUUUACGGGUCGAACAACGGGAAUGUCUACGCCCCGGGUGGUGAGGGUGUAUUGCCGGGCAAUGGCAAGCGAGGUGAUAUCCUCUACUAUCACUUUUGUGAGUCUUUUCCGAUCCCGAUGGGCCUCAGUGGCUGA